CCAUGAACUUCCUCAAUGCGUGUCUAACGCGCAUCGAAGUAUGUCAUAGGGUGCUGCUCACGUGUAGUACUUAAUUUUCUUACAAUAUCAAUAUUCUAAAUAAAAUGGCAACGGAGAGGAAAGGAACGUUCAAGGUAGAAUACCUUCAAAAAAUAGAAAAAGAGGUGCAAGCGAAAUGGGAAGCCAAUAAAGUUUAUGAAGAGGAUGCUCCUCUGACACCUAAGAAAAGUCCCGAUGAAAAAUACUAUGCUUCGUUCCCGUUCCCUUAUAUGAAUGGGAGACUCCACCUCGGUCACACAUUUUCGUUAUCCAAAUGCGAGUUCGCAGUAAGAUACAAUCGCCUUUUGGGAAAGAAAGUAAUUUUCCCAUUUGGGUUUCAUUGUACAGGUAUGCCUAUUAAAGCAUGUGCCGAUAAAUUGAAAAGAGAAAUGGAAUUGUAUGGCUACCCACCGCAAUUCCCAGAGGAGGAAAAAGUCGAGGAAGUAGUGAACGACAUAAUAAUAAAGGAUAAAAGUAAAGGGACAAAGAGCAAAGCAGUUGCAAAGACAGGCACUGCGAAAUACCAGUGGCAUAUCAUGCAAUCACUCGGUUUAGAGAACGAAGAAAUAAAGAAAUUUUCUGAUGCCGAAUACUGGCUAGAUUACUUUCCACCCCUCGCUAUGCAAGAUUUAAAAUCGCUUGGAUUGCACGUGGAUUGGCGUAGAACGUUUAUUACCACCGACGCGAAUCCAUUCUACGAUUCCUUUAUACGCUGGCAAUUUCAACAUUUAAAAGCUAGGAACAAGAUUAAAUACGGGAAAAGGUACACGGUAUAUUCUCCAAAGGAUGGGCAACCUUGUAUGGAUCACGACAGGUCGACUGGAGAAGGUGUCGGGCCUCAAGAAUACAUAUUAGUUAAAAUGAAACUCCAGGAACCUUAUCCUCCGAAUUUAAAAUCCCUUUCUGGCAAAUCAGUUUAUCUGGUAGCUGCCACUUUGAGACCCGAGACGAUGCACGGCCUGACGAACUGUUGGGUUCAUCCAGAUAUGAAAUACAUAGCUUACACCUUGGCAAACGGAGAUGUAUAUAUUUCGACGGAAAGAGCAGCUCGAAAUAUGUCUUAUCAGGAUUUCUUUGCGGAAGAAGGGAAAAUAGCAAUCGCGUUAAAACUUACCGGAAAGGAUAUAUUAGGACUGCCAUUAGAAGUACCUCUUACGAGUUAUAAAGUGAUUUACACUCUGCCAAUGCUGACGAUCAAGGAAGAUAAAGGUACAGGCGUUGUUGCCUCUGUACCUAGCGACUCUCCUGACGAUUAUGCAGCCUUGGUAGACUUAAAGAAAAAAGCAGCUCUCAGGGAAAAAUAUGGUAUAACCGAUGAGAUGGUGUUACCCUAUGAACCCAUACCUGUGGUCGACGUACCCGAAUACGGUACAUUAAUCGCGCCGACUCUAUAUGAGAUGUUAAAAAUCCAAUCUCAAAACGACAAAGCCAAAUUAUUAGAAGCUAAAGAGAUAGUGUAUCUGAAAGGGUACUAUAACGGUAUAGUACUGGUCGGUCCAUAUAAAGGGAAGAAGGUUCAGGAUGUUAAGAAGCAGAUGCAAAACGACUUGAUAAAAGAUGGACAUGCUGUUAUAUAUUACGAACCGGAGAAAACUAUAAUCUCGAGAUCGAACGACGAAUGUGUAAUAGCUUUGUGUAAUCAGUGGUACUUGGAUUAUGGCGAGGAAAUUUGGAAGAAACAGGCAACGAAAUGUUUGAACGAUCUUAAUACUUUCCAUGACGAAGUGAAGAAAAAUUUCUUAGCUUGUCUGGAUUGGCUACACGAAUACGCCUGUUCGAGAACUUACGGACUUGGUACUAAAUUACCGUGGGACGAAAAUUGGCUGAUAGAAUCACUCUCGGACUCGACGAUUCACAUGGCAUAUUACACGGUGUCGCACAUAUUACAGGAAGGAACGUUCAAAGGCGAUAAACCGAACAAAUACAACAUAAAAGCUAACGAAAUGACGCCGGAAGUGUGGGAUUAUAUUUUCUUCAAAAAUGCAAAGUACCCGAAGACGACUAUAAAGAAAGUGGCAUUGGAGAAAAUGCGACGCGAAUUUAAUUAUUGGUACCCAGUAGAUUUACGGGCUUCCGGGAAAGAUCUUGUGCAAAAUCAUUUAACAUUCUUCAUUUACAACCACACCGCGAUAUGGUCUGAGCAACCCGAGAUGUGGCCAAGAGGAAUAAGAGCGAACGGGCAUUUACUUUUAAAUUCGGCGAAGAUGUCAAAAUCGGAAGGUAAUUUCCUGACAUUGGCCGAAGCUUUGGAAAAGUUUUCUGCGGACGGUAUGCGACUUUCCCUAGCCGAUUCCGGCGACUCGAUAGAAGACGCGAAUUUCGUAGAGAGCAUGGCCGAUGCUGGAAUUCUUCGUCUCUAUACUUUCAUCGAAUGGGUAAAAGAAACGUUGGCUUCAAAAGAUACUCUUCGACAAGGAGAAUCGUGUACGUUUAACGAUAAAGUUUUCGAAAGCGAGAUGAACCUCAAGAUAAAAGAAACCGAAGAAAAUUAUUCAAGGAUGUUGUUCAAGGAAGCACUGAAAACAGGAUUCUUUGAGUUACAAGCAGCGAGGGACAAGUAUAUACAAUUGAGCGCGCUGGAUGGUAUUAACUGGAUGCUAAUGAUUAAAUAUAUAGAACUUCAAACGAUUCUUUUAUCUCCCAUAUGUCCGCACGUGGCGGAACACGUGUGGUCUUUAAUUGGGAAAGAAGACAGUAUACUAAACGCCAAAUGGCCUGAGUUAGGAGCAAUAGAUGAGAUUCUAAUUAAAAUGUCAGAAUACCUUAUGAACGCUGCGCAUUCAUUUAGAAUUCUGUUAAAAAGUUAUCUAACACCGAAGAAAGGAAAGACAGAACCAAUAGAGAAACCGACGCAAGGGACGAUUUGGGUAGCGAAAACGUAUCCCCCUUGGCAAAAUACUAUCUUAACUACGAUGAAAAAUUUAUAUCUUGUCAGUAAUUAUGCUAAUAAUGUGAAACCAAUUUAUGUGCUUGCAUUGACGACUAUUAUUUUCCAGAAAAGUAAUAAAUUACCAGAGAAUAAAGUCAUCGCUGCAGAAUUAGGAAAAUUGCAAGAACUGAAGAAACACAUGAAACGAGUGAUGCCAUUUGUGCAGGCCGUGAGAGAAAAAAUGGAUACCGUUGGAUUAAGUGCACUUAAUCUGACAUUAGAUUUCGACGAGUUUAAGGUUCUCCAAGAUAACAUAAAAUACCUGAAGAACACUUUGGAUCUGGAGAAUAUCGAGAUCAAAUCUACGGAAGAAGCUACUGAGAAGACAAGAGAGGAAUGUUGUCCAGGUGUCCCUUACAUGAGUUUCUCUAGUAAACCUGGGAUUUCGGUAUGCGCGAUAAAUCCACAGAAAUGUAAAGGUUUAUUCCGAGUGUCCGUUAAGAUAUCAGAUGGCGAUACCGUGGAGGACGUGAUAUCGCGAAUAUCGAAAGAAAAUAAAACUAUUAAAGAUCCAAUGUCAAUAUCACUAUAUCGGUACGACGAUUUCUUAUUGGGACCCAGAACGAAACCAAUGCUCGAUGACAUGUUAAAAGGAAAGACUCAGAUCCCACCCAGUUCCGUAUUCACCGUUAAUACAGAAAAUAAAAGUAUCAAAGUAAAAGUUAAGGGAAAUGUACAUAGCAUAGGUAACGACCUAAUGUACGUUUAUCAAUCAUUCGAUUGACACGCAUGUACAUACAUAAGUUAUAUAUAAUUUAUUUCACAUCGAAACGUUCUUGAAUACAUUAAUAAAAAGAGUGGCAGAAAAAUAUAUACGUGCAUUUUAAUUGAUACUCUUCCGUUUGUAAAUUAAACUUUCAAUGCGUCGUAUACAAUUUAAAAAA